CUUACUUACCAGGUCAUAAAAUCCAUGCAUAGAUUAUACAUUGAGUGUCACUUCCAUGUUUUUAUUGCAUACUUUUAGUUUUGUCCCUAGUUUAUUACACUUGAUAUUUAGGAUUAUGAUUUCUGUCGUCUUUCGUCGCUUGUGCUUAAAUACUAUUUGAUCUUCACGGCUGUUUGUCAAUUAAACUCAUGUCUUGUCUGUCGUAUAUCAACGAUUACGGAUCUGAUUCAACGAAUAGUGACAGUGAAACUGAACAACAUCUGUACAAAAGAGUGAAAUUACCAGUUCCAGAUCUCAGUCGUGUGCGAAUAGUUUUAACUGAAGAAACACACAUAGACGAUCAUCAAAAACAUAAAGGCCGAAAACGUUCUUUUCCACAUGUAAGAGGAAACUGGGCUACUUUCGUCUAUGUGCAAUAUCCUAAUGAUGACUUUGUUAAUAAAUUGAGUAGAAAAGUAUUAGAUGCCUUAACAGAAUCAUCUCAUACUUGGCAUAAAUGUGAAAAUCUCCACAUUACUUUAUCAAAAACAGUUGUCCUUAAUUAUCAUUGGAUAGCACCAUUUCACAAUUCUUUAAAAAAAACUUUAACAAAUAUUAAAUGUUUUGAACUUGAAUUUGAUGAGCUGCAAGUAUUGUGCAAUGAAGAUAAAUCUAGGACAUUUGUUGUGUUGAAAACAAAUCGUUUUAGUCAUAAGCACUUUUUUGCUAUAACUAAGAAGGUUGAUGAAAUAUUGAGUGAAUUUAAACUACCAAAAUUUUAUGAUGAACCUUCUUUCCACAUGAGCAUACUUUGGACUAAUGGGGAUAAAGAGACAGAGACUAAUGGUGCUCUUGACAAAUUAAAUCAAAUCUUGACACCAGAUUUUCAGGAAUUAGCAAAAAAUAUUUUUAUUGAUAAAGUUUACUGUAAAAGCGGAAAUAAGACAUUUCAGUACCAUUUACCAUCAGAUCGAUAGAAAUAAUAUAUUUGAUAGAAAAUGAGUGCUUCCAAAGAUAAUAGUAUCAAAAAAGUGUACAUUAACCCUAAUUUUACGGCCACUUCCAUAGUCAAUAAAAACAUGCCCUUGAACAAAAACUUCAUGUAUGUAAAUCGUCAAUUUUCUAAUCUAAGAGAAAAUGAAACCAAAAAUAAAAUCUUUGUAAAUCCAAACUUCAUGAGAUCUGCUCCUAGACUUGAAUGUAAUCCGAUAUCUUUUGAAAAUAGCGACGUAAAAAAAAUAUACGAGUGUAAUAUUGAUGAAAAUAUUUCAUUAAAAAAAACAGCAGAUAGACCAGCAACAGUAACAGAUAAUAGAGUAGUUACCUCUCGUUACAGUUUAAUACGCAACAAGAAUAAAAAUAUAAAGGAGAAUUUAAAUUCAAAAACAAAUACAUUUAAAUUGAAUAAGUAUAAAUCUGUCCCUUUUACUGAUAUAAGAAGACGCACUAUGGAUAUUCAAAAUUCUUAUGUAGUUUCAAGUCUACCAAAAUUAUGCAAUAUCCAUUUAAAUAAAAUUGGAUCCGACAAUUUGAACCUAUCCAAAACUAAAUACAACGAAAUUAACAAAAACAUUGGUAGUGUUUCGAAAAAAUUGUGUAACAGAAGAAAAAUCUUCAUUGAAUCUAGUAAAUUAAGAAAAAACAAUAUACCGUGCCCUUUGUUCAAAAAAUUUGGGAAAUGCAUACGACAAAUAAAAGGAAAUUGUAAAUUUUUGCAUGAUAAAAAACAUGUGGCCAUUUGUCGCAAAUUUUUAAAAGGUAUUUGUCAUGAGGAUACUUGUCUAUUAUCUCACGAUAUAACAAGUGAGAAGAUGCCUACAUGCUAUUUUUAUCUUAAGGGAAUGUGCACUAAAGAAAAUUGUCCCUAUUUACAUGUGAAAUUAAAUAAAAACUCUAAACUGUGCUCAGAUUUUCUUAAGGGAUAUUGCGAAAGAGGAACAAAAUGUGAAUAUAGACAUGUAAAUAUUACCAAUCAAACAAAAAAACGAUUGAUGAGGACAAAACAAAUAACAUUGUUAAAAGUAAAAAAUCAACAUACGGAAAAACCAAAUAAGAAUGAAAGUGUUGAAGAAAGUCAAAAUGAAAGAAAUAUGGAUUGCAGAUACUAUCGGGACAUUAAACCAAACUUCGAAGAUACCAAAGCAGAUUGUGGCGUAAUAAAACCGAUUCGAUGUAAGCUAGGAAAUCUGCCGUCAUUCAUUCAGUUUGAGUGAAACUCACUGUUAAUUUUAUUACUAUGUAACUAAUAAUAAUUAUUAUUAAUUAUAAUUAAUAUUAUGGUGAAAUAAUUUAGUGAACUUCAAUGUAAAUACCUAAUAAUCGUUUAAUCUUGAAUAAAAAUAUUUUGCAACA